ACACGUGUCUGUCUCUUUCCUUCACUCCAAAGUCCAAACACUUACCCCUUUCUCUACCUCUCGGCUGCUCCAACGUCCGGCGAAGCCUCCACUUAUCGCCUCCAAAUCCAGCCACACAAUCAUCCUGCUAUCGCCCUUAUUGAAUAAUCUCGAUUUUUAUUUGAAUACGUUUAUAUCCGCGGCGUGAUCUCUGCUGGUGUUGGCGAUCUCUGUACAGUCGCAUCUCCUCAAGAAUGAAUCCUAGAAGUCCUGCGCUUUUGAACACCGUCGGGUUCAGGGAUCGGAAUGCUAGAGCUGCUCUUUUUGAUGGAAUUGAAGAAGGAGGUAUAAGGGCAUCAUCAUCUUACUCCUCUCAUGAGAUUGAUGAGCAAGAGAAUGAUCAAGCCAUGGAAGGGCUACAAGAUCGAGUUAUUAUGCUGAAAAGGUUGUCUGGUGAUAUACAUGAGGAGGUUGAUUCCCAUAACCGCAUGCUGGACAGAAUGGGUAAUGACAUGGACACCUCAAGAGGAGUUUUAUCUGGAACCAUGGACAAAUUCAAGAUGGUGUUUGAGGACAAAUCAAGUAGAAGGAUGUUUACACUAGUGGCAUCUUUUGUGGCUGUUUUUCUCGUUGUAUAUUAUCUUACUAGAUAAGUGAGGUAAUAUUGGAUAAAUCCUUUGCAAAAGUGUGUGGUGAGUAUACCAAAUUGCAGGCACAGGUCAAAUGUUGUAUAAAACAAGUAAUCUCUAGUUUGGAGUAUUGGUGUCUUGCGUCGUGAUAUCAGGUGAUUGACAAUGAAGAAAUACUACGAAUAGCGUCUUUUGCUCUUUCUUUUC